AUGGCCAGUGUUCCAUCGAGUUCCCAGGCUGUGAGGCAGAGGCCCCAGCCUGGCCCCUCCGGGCACCAGCCGGAUGUGAUGCUGGACGCACAGAGACCAGGACCGCCAGCAGCCCAGGCACACAGCAGCCCUCCGCCAGAGGGCUCCGGCCGGCGCACGCAGCGGGAGAGGUCGGCCGCUCUCCAGGAGUCGGAGGAGGCAGCCACGGGCGAGGAGGACGCCUGGGACCUGGACAUGCUGUGCGGCCUCAAGAUGAGGCUGAAGCGACGGCGGGUGUCCCCGGUGCUGCCCGAGCACCACGAGGCCUUCAAAAGGCUGCUUGGGGACCUUGUUGUGAAAAUAUUCCUGGCCUGGGACAAAAAUCUGAGGGUAUCUGACAAGUAUCUCCUGGCCAUGGUCAUAGCGUAUUUCAGCCGGGCUGGCCUCCCCUCCGGGCAGUACCAGCGAAUUCACUUCUUCAUAGCUCUCUACCUGGCCAACGACAUGGAGGAGGACAACGAGGGCCCCAAACAGGACAUCCUUUGGCUCCUCUAUGGGAACGACCGUUCCCAGCGUCUUCUGUUCCACCAACAGCGAGUCCAAUUCGCCCAAUCCAUGGGCUGGAAGGCCUGGGUCUCCCGGGAAGAGUGUGAGGAGAUCCAAGCGUUUGACCCAGAGCUCCCGGUGUGGAAGCGAGACCGCAGCCUGCUCGCUGUGUGAGCGCUCCCGGGACCACGGAGGCCUGGGCUCACCGGCCCAGAAGAAGGGAAGUCUGGAUCCUCAGGUGCAGACAGAGCGCCUCGUUGUGUCGGCUUAGGAAGUCACCCUUCCAGACACUGACACCGCCCCGAGCCACAGGCCGAGGAACACACGCAGGUAUGACCCCUGCACACAACUAGAGGGGAGGGCGUGAUCAUCCUGGGUGAUCGGGAGCCAUACUGCCCGUGACUCAGUCCACUGACUGCUCUUCCCCUCUCCGUCCUCUAACACCCAUGUUGUCUUAGUCUUAGGACGGAAAGUCACAGCCCUCCACUUCGGGGGCUGCCCACGGGUGGAGCCGUCUGUAUACCAAGCAUCUUCAGGUAUAGGGGCUUUUCCCUGCUGAUAAGGACUCUCGCCUACCAAUGGCUCAAGUGCAAGUUCUUCUUGCUUUCCACGCGUGUAUGUCCCUUGCCCAAAUAAGCAUCGGAGAUCUCCACUCAAGGGGCUAUCGGAGAUGGUGCUGUGCUGCUGCAAGUUUGCG